CUUGGAUUGAUCUUAUAUGUUCAUCUUAAGGUCUUUGCGUAAGUCUAGAUUCAUAUGAUAUAGAUCUGAAGAGUGCGCUUCUUGCACGCGGUAUCAAAGUCCACGCUGCCAUUCAAUGGCCAUCAUUGGUCUCAUUGCCUCAAUAAUUGCAGUCAUGACUAAGGAAGUUGAUCACUGUCCCCGUGAACGGAUCGACUCACUGCACCGUCACCAAGGGUAUUUAUACUUGGCAGAGGGGAAUGGAGGCGGCAGGCCUCGGUCACCCGCACACCGCUUAUCUCAGCGUAGGUUUUGCGGCCACCAAGACAAGUCCUUAGAGACUCGAAGGAGAUCGCUGCACUUGGCUAGUGUGCGGUCUGGUCUUGGGAAAUCCCUGUGACAAAAGGUAUUACCCCUAACGCGAUGAUAUCCCGGAGCGAAGGCCGUGCGGCUCGGCUCUAGGUUCCGACACGGCAG